CUGACAGACCUCGGACGCGCGACGCAGCCUCCACGCCGAGGCCGAGGACGCCGCCGUGAAGUACCGCGAAGUACCCGCGAAGUACCCGGGGAGCAUCCGCGAAGUGAGGCAUCGCGGGGCAGGACGACGAGUGCUGCAGUGUGGUGGUGACAGUGUCGUAGAGUGCAGUGUGUGUGUGAGUGUGUGUGGUGCCGACCGCCACGGCCGCCACCAUCAUCGGCACCACGGCGCUGCAGCCCCAGAAAGCCUUCAUGUGGAACCUCGACUUUCGGGAGGCUCCGACCACGGACCUCAACAAGAACGACAUCAGUAUGAAGGUGUCCGUGGGCUCAGUGGGCGCGGUGUCGAGGAAGCGGCGGUGGAGCGACGCGGACGAGGAGACGACGCCCGCGUCCAACCCCAGCAGCCCGACGUCCAGCCCGCUGCCCGCCAGGGCCACCACCGCGGAGCCCGCGCUGCCGUCCCAGUCGCAGUCCGAGUCCGGGCAGCACGGUGCGCACGGUGCGCGGGUGUGCGCCGAGUGCGUGCAGCGGAUCACGGACCAGUGGGUGCUGCAGGUGUCGGAGCGCUGGUGGCACGUGCGCUGCCUGCGCUGCUCCGUGUGCCGCGUCGCCCUGGACCAGGAGCCCAGCUGCUUCAUGCGCGACGACCAGCUGUACUGCCGGGCCGACUACUCCAAGAUGUUCGGCGCCAAGUGUUCCAAGUGCUGCCGCUCCAUCUCGGCCAGCGACUGGGUGCGCAAGGCGCGCGACCUGGUGUACCACCUGGCCUGCUUCGCGUGCGACGCGUGCCACCGCCAGCUGUCCUCCGGCGAGGAGUUCGCGCUGCUCGAGAACCGCGUGCUGUGCAAGACGCACUACCUGGAGACCAUGGACCUGGGCAGCACCUCGUCCGACGAGGGCGGCGACUCGGAGGGCUACCACAAGAACAAGGCGAAGCGCGUCCGCACCACCUUCACCGAGGAGCAGCUCCAGGUGCUGCAGGCCAACUUCGUGCUGGACUCGAACCCGGACGGGCAGGACCUGGAGCGCAUCGCGCAGGUCACGGGGCUGAGCAAGCGGGUGGUGCAGGUCUGGUUCCAGAACGCCAGGGCGCGACAGAAGAAGCACCUGCACAACAACAAGAUCAAGUCGCAAGCACACCACCCCGCGGCGCACCUCUCGCGGGACUCGUCGGACGGAUCCUUCGGCGGCCACAUCAACCUGCACCUGACGUACUCGUUCAGCGGGCAGCAUGGCAAGCCGCCGCCGCCGCCGUCGUCGCAGCAGUUCUACCACCCCGACCACGCUACACCCUCUGAGGCGUCCUCCAUGGACGAGCUCUCGCAGGACUCCAUGCUGCACUGCAUGAAGUCCGAAGUAUGAGAGGACGCCCUGGGGGCCCAGGCCUCGGCCCAGGCCGUGCGCGCCC